AUGUUUUGCUCGUCGUGGUGCGCCGUCUAUCUUAAGGAAGAAGCCAAUCUCAUACUUGUCUCAAAUUCUCAGGGUGGAAUUUGGUCAAUAUUAGUCACUUUCUUUUCACUCGAAUCGUAUCGGUGGCUAUCAGAAAAUCCUGCGACAACUACUGUCGCCCUUCUCAGUCAAAUCUCUCAGCAGCUCGAUGACCAGAACACACGUUCCUCAGGCUCCUCUACUCCUACUUUUCGUCCCGCUGCUUCUAUCAUACGGAUCAAUUGCUUCUGGUUUCUAAGCCUAAUCAUGACCAUAACAUGCACUGUCAUCGGGCUUUUGUGUAAACAGUGGCUUGACGAACAUUGUCGUAGAACCCAUACUCGCACACACAUGGAAACUCUUGCCCUCCAACAUCUCCGAAUCGAAAGCCUCGAGCGUUGGGGCGUCCCUUACAUCAUAACCCGACUCCCAGUUCUCCUCCAACUCGCACUCCUUUUGUUCCUCGUCGGACUAUUAGAGUUAUUUUGGUUAAGCAAUGCCAUCCUAUUCGCGAUCGGUUUAGCCGCUAUCGGCCUUAUCUUCCUGUUCUAUUCCGCUACUACCUACCUUAGUGCAAUCCAGAUACUCCGUCACGCUCUCAAAUCUCAACCUUACAACGACAGCCCUGCCGCCACUCUCUCUCAUCUCAGAUCGCUCGGAUCUGUUUGUCCCUACAAGUCCCCACAAUCUUGGGCGGUGUUUUCGGUUAUGCGCUCCUUUCUCCAAACGUCCUUCGUCAAACACGUUUUGUAUCGCCUAUUUCGUGGGCGGCUUAGCUUUGGAACGUUCCAAGACGCGCUAGACAGGAAUUUGAACACCAUUGUCCGUUGGUCGUCAUUUGACCUCGAGGUGGUCCGAACGUUCGAAGGAAUGAAAAAUGCUCCAUCGUUCCAUGGAAUUAAAGGACUACAGCAGCUCCUCAGAACCUUUAGGGACACCGAAUCCAUACCACAUCUUGCAAACAUCCUAAAUUCAUUACCCUCUACACUUACCUCCCUCGUGACGAGUACGGCUUUCGAUGACUGGAAACUUCCGUUGUGGAAGAAGCUGCAAAGGAAUGACAUUGAACAGGCAUUGAAGGAUCCCAUCACUUUCUUCCCGACGGAACGUUCAGAAGCAGGAUUGGAUCCUUACGGUAAGGACCACUUCGGACCAUCACCUCAAUCGCCGGCAUUUACUCAAUUGUUCUACUACUUAUCCUCCUGGGGGAAUAAUGAUUUCGAUUGGAAGUCCCGAUACGAGAUGACAGAGUUGCUCUACAGAACGGAAAUCCCGCUCCGUGCCAGAAUGCCCUUCGUGGUUCCUUUCUAUGAAUUGGAAAAGCUCUUAUGUUCGGAGUUGAAUGACCCUACGACUCAUGGAACGUCGUCUAGAGAUAACUCCGAAAGGAUUUACGAACGAGGAAUAGCGAUCGAGUUUUUACAUUUCUAUGAACUAGGCUGGACAGUGGCGUCCAGCCUGUUGGAUUCUGGACAUCACGAUAAGCUUGCCUUGGUAAAGGCUGUAACGGAUCAUCUCCUUUUAUACGAGUCCGACUUGAACCCCGCAUCUUCAAUGCUUCUCACAUCCUCACACGGCCUCGAAUUUCUGUCAUUUCUCGACGACAGAAUCAAAAAGGAACGAUUGAACGAGAACGGAGAUUGGAUAUUUGCCAAUAUCAUGCCACGGUGGAGCAGGGCUUCACAACGAGCCAUUCAUAGACACUCGUCGGAGCUGAAGCAGUGGGACAAAACCAACGAAAUUGCGGAGGCUUACAAACAGAAAGAUGCAGGCAAGGGUAAAGAACACAACGAAUUGGCCUUCGCGCGAUAUCCCAAGAUCGAACCUUACCCUCCGGCGCCUUCUCUAAUGACUCCGCCUCGACGCUCACGAGAAUACAUCGUUGAAUAUCCCUUGACCACGGGCAACGCACUAUCUUCCCCCGAUUCAUCUCUUCGUCCAUCAGACUACUAUAACCCAAUCGUACGAGAACUGAUUCCUCAUGCAGAUGACCAGAGUUCAGCACGGUUCAGGCAGCCAAGAUCUCAGAUUAUUAGAUACCCCUCGCCAGUACUAUCCGAAGAGUCGGAGGCACGGCCUAUUCGUCGACCUCCCUCGUCGGUACUAUACAAGCCGGAGACAUUCACCAGAGAAGCAGCCCCUCCAUCAUGGUACCGUCAUACACCCAGCUAUGAUGGACCAAAAACUGACCCGCCACCCCGCAUAGUCAUACCUUCCACUUCCUAUGCGAGCGUCCCGGUGUCUGCCAAAGCAGAAUCAGAAAUACAAGUGUUUUCUAGCGGGGAAGAUUAUGCACGGAUGGCUUCCCCCUCUCCCACACGUUCGUUACGUCCUCCACCUUGGGUAGAAUCGGAGGGCAAGUGGCAUCAUGCAGAUGCAGCGAGCGAGAGCGACGAGGGUCCUCCGUCUCCUUCAGUGUCUGUAAGCGAAUCGAUCUCACCUGAGGUCACAAUCAUCAGAAGACCUCUUCCCACAAUCCCUCCUCCUCCUACUCCACCUCAACACUCAUGGUAUCGUCGUCGUUCACCAAGCUAUGAUCGUAUACCGGUGGUUCCUCUAUCAUCCGUCCCUCCCUCUUCCUUUAGAAGUGGCUCAGCGGCCGCCAUGAUAGACCCAGAAGUGUCUAGCAAUGAGGAUAUUCAGAUUAGCAUCUCCCCUCCCACACGCCCGUCACCUCCUUCAACUCCAAUAUCCGCGCGCGACGACGAGGGUUUUCUGUCUCCAACUGAAUUAGGACCCAGACAUACUGUCUAA